AUGGUCCAGCUGGGCCCACUGCCCGGCACCGAUAUGGUGGCCGCCGUGACCCAAGUUCUCCUGGAUAAUCAGUGGACCAAAACCUGGGCUUGUACUGUCCGCCAGAUCGAUGUCCAGCAAGUGUACAUUCCCCAUGCGUACACCAAUCUGGCGGUAUUUGGGAAAGAACAAUACCGUGGUGUACUGAAUGAACUGCGUAAUCACACGCGAGUGAUCCUUGUCUUCAUCAACCCACCUCUGCUGCGGGAAUUCAUGAUUACGGCUUACGAAUUAAACAUGACAAAUGGAGACUUUUGGCUAACAAGAUUUUUUCACCUUGGCGCUGCAAUAACACCCGGUAGUCCGUAUUUGCUCAGUUGGAAAGCGAAUGACGCGGAUGAUGAGAAAGCCAGGAAAGCCUUUGAAUCGGUAAUUAUCUCAUCGGACACACUCUUCGAAUGGGAUGACCUGGAGGAAUUUAUCAAUAAAACCGCUCAAACAUCCCAGAGUGUUUACAACAUCACUGUCCCGCUCAAUUACCGGAAAAACGAAGCCACGGCGCUAAUGUACGAUCUGCUGUCGAAUUUUGCCGAGUACCUUAAUCGAUCUGUCGAUCAAAUGGCCAACAUGACACCGGCACAGUUCGCGCACAACCUCCGCCAGCAGAUGUAUAGCAAACGGUCAAGUUCCACCCGCGUUGCCAGAUCCGGCAUGGCCAGCUUCCUCAUUCCGUUGCUGCGCUUGAACCCCCGCAACGGCAAAUUCGAGCUGGCUGCAAAGUAUGAUACGGAAAUACAGAAACUUCACAUUGUGGAUCCGGAGCUUUGGAAAUGGCAUAAUUCCACAGCGUUUCCGACCAAUGAUCCCAAAUGUGGAUUUGAUGGACAGCAUUGUCUGGCUUUAGGAAAUGACCUGACCAUCACACUGUUAGUACUCGGUCUUUGCGCCCUAAUAAUUAUGGCGUGUGGAGCUAUACACUAUUAUCGGCAACGGAUAAAAGAGCAAGAAUUUCGGCAUAUGUUUCUUUAUAAGCCCGGUAUAACGCCAUCCACCGGCAAAUAUUCCAUCAAAUCACACGAAAGUGUCUGUGCAUUAACGUACCAUGGACCGUCGCUGCAAUUAGACAAUCAGCAGGUUUUGUCCAUUUCCCUUCCGGAUAGACUGAACGUCAAGCUCUUGUCGCGGAAUAAAGCCUUUCGGAACAUAAGUUUAACGGUCCAUGGUUUGUACCACGCCAAUGUCGGGCGGUUUUAUGGGGUAAAAGUUGAAGAGAAAGGCCCGUGUGAAUUAUUAAUGGAGUUCAGUCAUCGUGGCACCUUACAUGACGUCCUCAGUCGAAGAACAAUUUCACCGAUGUGGCCGUCCGGCUGUCGUUUCUCUAUGACCUCGUCAAAGGAUUGAUGUAUAUACACAGUUCGGCGCUGGGAUACCAUGGAACGCUAACCGCUACAACCUGCUUCAUCGAUAGCCGGUUCACGUUGAAAAUAUCGCACGCCGGCUUCGACCGAAUAUCCCAAGCGGUGAACACCGAGCCGAAAAUGAUGCGCGUUAAACAAAGCAAAAACCAUUUGAUAGUAUGUCGUGCGGAUGACGUGCACGGUUUUGGCAUCAUUGCAUUUGAUGCCUUAAAGCUAAAAGCUUUGUCGUCACUCACCGAGGAUGGAACGGUAAAGAAGACCCCACUGGAGAUCGAUAUUGAGGAUUGUAUGCGGAGCGACUACAAUCUACGACCGCCAAUAUUUGG